CAAAAAAAAACCCCUCCAACAGUCCGAUCCUCAUCAUGUCCCCAUCAACCGUGACCUCCAACCCCAACUUGAAACUCCCCGUAACCUUCCUCAUAACAGGCUGCUCCUCAGGCUUCGGACUAACCCUCUCCCGCCUAGUGCUCUCCCACGGCCACACUGUAAUCGCCACCUCCCGCAACCCCUCCCGCACCCCAGACCUCGUGUCCGAGAUAACCUCGCUCGGCGGCCGCUGGCUCCAGCUCGACGUCGACGACAAGACCUCGCCCUCUCUCAUUUACGUGCUGGUCAACAACGCGGGCUACUCGAUCCACGCGCCCGUCGAGGUGCUCACCGAGGGGGAGUUGCGGCAAAUGAUGGAAACGCUGUACUUUGGCCCGGCGAGACUCAUCCGGGCAGUACUGCCCUACAUGCGCGAGAGGAGGUCCGGGGUGGUGGUUAACAUGAGUAGUGGGGCCGGGCUGGAGGGGAAUGAGAGCAUGGGCGAGUACGCGGCUGCCAAAGCGGCGUUGGACGGCUUGAGCAAGGUCCUCGCAAAAGAAGUUGCACCGUUCGGGGUGCGCGUGCUGACGGUGCAGCUGGGCACGUUCAAUACCCACAUGACAUCAUCUAAUGCUCUCGACAGCCCCGAUUCCUAUGCGGCCGCCUGGAUCGCUGCUCUUCCCAUUGAGCGGGCCGCUGCAGAAGCGAGGCUCGAUGAGGAACAUGCAGCGCCAAUCGCUGCGACCAUGGCCUUUCAGCUGCUUGCCUCUCUGCCAUCCAUCCGUGUUGGUCUUUUGGUCGACAUAGGCGGCGGCAUCACUCGACCGGACGAGGCCCGCGAUAUCCGGCUCGGCGACAUUGCCGUGAGCCAGCCUGAUGGGACCACGGGCGGCGUCUGCCAGUACGACUUGGUCAAGGCAAAGUCAGAUGACAAGCGUGAGCGGAAAGACUUCCUCGGACGGCCUCCGACGGUCCUCCUUAAUGCGCUUGCCAGCAUCCAGGCCGAUCACGAGCGGAAAGACUCUAAGGUUCCGUUUUAUCUCCAACAGAUGUCAGAGAAGAAUCCAAAGAUGGGCAAGAGAUCUAAGCAAAAUUUCGGCUACACUCACCAGAGCCUCGACAACGACCGCCUCUUCAAAGCUUCAUGCCAUCAUAUCCCCGGGCCGGACUGUCGGGGCUAUGACAUUUCUGAUGAGGUUCAACGCGAUCCGCGAGACGCUGCUGAUCCUAAGAUUCACCACGGGAUCAUCGCAUCGGGCAACACGGUUGCCAAAGACGCCGCUACGCGCGAUCGGACUGUUGGCGACGUCAGCGAGGAUUACAUCUGCUUCGAUAUGGAAGCGGCCGGCCUGAUGAACCACUUUCCCUGUAUCGUGAUCCGAGGGACCUGCGACUACGCCGAUUCUCACAAGAACGAUCGGUGGCAACGCUACGCAUCGGCCACCGCCGCUGCGUAUGCCAAGGAGCUCCUAGCCUACGUGCCGGUCGCGGAGGUCCAAAAGACCAAGAGGGCACUGGAAGUGCUUCAGUUGGGAUGUGACAAAACGGUUCUAAAUGUGACUGUGCUGGUUCAUCUCGCGAAGGGAAACGACCGUCUUAUCCUCAGCUUCCUCUUUGACUUUAGCUACACGACAAAGCAGACAUUAGAUGGCAUGCUGCGGUCGCUUGCUUUCCAACUUUACCAAGGCGGGACUGGUACUGCAGCACUUCUCGGCGCGUCAUUUCAAACACACCAGGAUGACCGCGACCAACCUGCGACAAAGAUGCUCGAGGACGUCGUAUUGGCAGUUCAGAAGGAAUGUUCUGUUAUUAUAGACGCCUUGGACGAGUCGACAACAAGGGGUGAACUUCUCCUGUGGAUGAACGAUGUGGUGUCCGGGCCAGAGUUAAGCCAUGCCCGGCUGAUUUGCACCAGCCGGCCUGAACCCGAGUUCAUGCGCGACAUUCCCUCGUUGAUAGGCGAGGAAAACUGCUUAGCACUCGACGAGGAGUCCAUCAACGCCGAGAUCAGAUCGUACGUAGCAGCACAGCUUUUGCAGCGACACAUCAACGGUAGCAACAAGGAAAUCAGGCGGGAUUUUCCGAUGGCAAAAUAUGCAGCGGAAGUCUGGCGGACUAUGCUGCGUUGGCUCAGGCUUCGGAAGAUACGGCCCGAGCGACAGUCAGUGUUCCUGAAAGUGGAAGCGACGUUCCAACGCAAGGGAGCUGACGUCAACGCACAGGGCAGCGAUCACGGCAACGCUCUCCAAGCCGCCUCAUUGGGAGGCCAUCAGGAGAUUGUCCAACUGCUCUUUAACAGAGGAGUAAGCGUCAACGCAAAGGGCGGCGAUCACGGCAACGCUCUGCAGGCCGCUUCAUGGGCAGGCCGUCAAGAGGUUGUCCAACUGCUCUUGGACAAAGGAGCGGACGACAACGCGAAGGGCGACGACCACGGCAGCGCCCUCCAGGCUGCUUCAUGGGGAGGCCAUCAGGAGGUUGUCCAACUGCUCUUAGACAAGGGAGCGGACGCCAACGCGAAGGGCGGCGUACUGUAGAUCAAGUUCCCAAAUGAUAAUAUCUUUAAAUUAGCCUGGAUGAAAAAGUGGCCUGGUUACACC